UCAGGAACUUUAUCUGGCCGGGAAUUGCCGCGGCGCUGGGCUCUGCUGCCAGAAUCCCUGUGCUGGCAUCUGCACUCAGCAUGAAUUAAAUGCACACACGCCUCCUGGGGAGCACCAUGGCUGGGUUCUACGGGUGCCUGAAAAGUAAAAAUGACUAUAUAAUGGCUACGAGACCCACAGAGGUCACACCAUCACCUGAAACUGGAGACACAGUUGAAGUGUGCACAGGAAAGAAAAAAUCCAAAUUUCAGACUUUCAAGAAGUUCUUUGCCAAGAAGAAGAGGAAAGAGCCUCCACCUCCCAGGGGAGAGAGUAAUUUAAAACCUUGCCAGUCCAGCAGCGAUGUCAGCAUCGCUGUGCUCGACACUGCUGCACUUCAUUCGCCGAGGGAGGCUGGGCCCAAGGGUAGCAUGGGGAACAAAGCCUUGUCCCAUGACAGCGUCUUCAUUUCUGAGUCUGCACCAGGAAAUGUGACUGGUGAUGUCUUGUCUCAGGAAAACCUACCUGGAAGAGUGAAAACUUUGCAGCUUCAGCUGCAGCAGAACAUCCGACUUGGAUCACCUCCUCUUGUUAUAAGUGGGAAAAAACUGGAAGAUGCAGGUGCUGUUUCUGAAGAUGAUGGUUUGCCUAGAAGCCCUCCUGAAAUUUCAACCCUUCAUGAAGUUCUGACAGAUUCCCCAAACAAGUCCUCCAACCCUGUUCAGCGUCAUAGCUCUUUGAGUUUAGGAGGGACAGACAGUGAAGAUGAACAGAUACCUUCUGGAGCUUCCUCCAGGCCCAUCAGUCCUUUAUCCUCUGGCACUCAGGGGACCCCUAUCUCAGGAGGCAGCAGCUUCCUCCCUGUUGAUUUCACCAUCCCUGCCAGCCCCCUUGGCUGCCUGGACACCUCAGCAGCCAGGCACAGGAUUGCCAUCAACCCUCGGAAACAGAGAGGCUUUUCCAGCAAGCACCAGCUCCCCCUCCAGGUGGAACAGCUGGGAAAUGAAGCAUAUAUUCCUGCAACUCCAAAAAGGAAGGGAAACUCAACAGAAUUACUUGAGAGUGACAAACAUAAAAGUGAUUGGGAAGGAUUCUCAGCCCAGGUGGGACACUGGGCAAAAGGAGAUGCUUUUAAGGAGACACUGGGUGUAAAAUCUCCCCCUGAUGCUGCCCCUGACUCCUGUGAUUCCACACUUGUGGAAGAAGACCCCUGUGCUGUGCUGCAGGAGGAUGGAUGCCUUCCUGGUGUGGACCAUCACUACAAAGGAGCCACAGUCCUUCUGAGGCCUGAGCCUUCCCCUGCAAGCCUGGAAGAGCAGCACAGUGCACAAGAUGGAUCUGCUGCUGAAUCACAAGUUCAUCCACAAAGUACCAGUGCUGAAGAACCUGCACUUCCAGAAUUGCAGCAGCUUGGAGAAGCUGUUGUGUCUGCAGACAUGCCAGCAGCUGACUUGCUUAGCUGUGGUGUGGGAACAGCUAAACAGGGCAUGGAUAUAUUGCCAGAUGGUGCACAAAGUUCCUCAGUAAAUUCUGUGGAUCCAAACAUUAGAGUCCAGGAAAAGGGGGAUCCACUGUUUGCUGGCAAAGAAGAACUCAGCUCUGGUACUACUGGGAAUCAUUCCAGCCAUCCUGUCUCAGGUGCUGCACUGAGCACUCCACAGGUUACAGUCACUGACUCAGAACCUUGUUCUGACAUCAAAGCAGUGGCUGUUUUGAGGUCUGAAAAGAGUUCAGUAGCAAAAAAAGACAAAGAAACUUGUGAAAUUAUGGAAUUUCAGUUAUCCAAGGACAAUGUAGAAAAAAAAAUAGACCCUGCUGCAUCUGUCUCAGAAGCAGUUUGUGUGGUACCUUGCAGUAAAUUGGAAGUAUGUUUUAAAGCAGAAAUUAUUCCGGUUUCAAAGGGUAACCAAGGCAGUCAACAGGCCAGCACAUCCAUUUCUGAAAAACUUUCCAUUGGGUGUCUUGCCUCUUCAAGUUUGGCUGGCUUGAAGAGUAAUAUAUCUUGUGAUGCUGACAAUAAGGAGUACCAGACAAGCAGUACAGCUUCCCACAGAAAAACAGCAGAAGGCAGUCAAUCAUCAGAUGAAAAUGUAAAAAAUCCACUGAAGACUGCUUCUGCUAAACCAGUCAGAUUUACCAUUGCACCAGCAUGGCAAAGGUCUCUCUCAGGGGGUUCAAAUUCCAAGGAAUAUUGCUAUUCCAGAGGUUCUCCAACAUCCCCUAUAAGACCAGAGUUCUUUGAGGGGAUGGCAAAGGAUCACCCACGCUUUGAUGCAGUUAUGCAGGAAUCAGCAAAAACCAACUCAGAGAGAUUUGAUCAAGAUUGCAAAGACAGAGAUCUGCAUUUGAAUUCUUUUAUGGAGUGGGCUGACCAUGAAACACAAAACUUUGAGAACCCAUUUGGGGUCAGGCUAAGAAGAACAUCAUCUUUACUAAAAUACCAGAAUGAAAGCCGUGUAGAGCCCCCAAAGCCAGUCCCCUCAGCUCUUCCAAUUGCUUCUCCUGCUUCAGUCAAGGAGGAUCAGAAACUGAUGGGCACUGGGAAGCCACCUCCAAGCACUCCUGUCAACACAAAAUCACUUGUUAAAAAACCAGAUCUCCUAGAAGACAAAAGUCCUGCCAAGGCAAGAUCAGAAGAAGUGACAAAGAAGCAGAAUGGUUAUAAACCUUCAGAAAAAGUCUCUCCAUAUUUGGAAACUGCUUCCUCUGAGCCAGCUUGGGUCUCCAUGGCAAAGCUGAAACAAAAGGGUUUCCAGGAGCAUCCUCUUGCCAAAGAACAUAAAGAUGAAGACAAAGCUUUGACCAAAGUGGAUCAAGGGGAGCAAGAGAUCUGUGCUGGUGAGAACUCACUGAAGAAGAAUAUGCCUUCCAGCUCUCAGGACAAGAAAACACAAAUGAAGACUGGUGUGUCUGCAGCUGCAGGUAAAGUUGGACCAAUUUCUCAGGAAGCAUCUGUGGUUGCUGCUGUUGAAAAGGAAGCAAGGCACUCCUCUCACCUGCCAAUGACACCCUGCAGUCCUGCUGAACCACCCUGGCUGUCCCUGGCCAAGAAGAAAGCCAAAGCAUGGAGUGAAAUGCCCCAGAUUGUACAAUAGAGAGUGACAUGAGCAUCCUUCUUUGCAUUGCCAAUAGCUAUGUUAACUCCAUUUAAUCCCUUCUCUACUGUGACCAUUUUUUUUCUUUUGAGAAAUAAGAGCCUUAAAACUUUUGAUCAGACUGUUGUAUGUAAAGACAUACUGAAGAAAUGCCAUUGUGGACUUAAUUUGAUGUAUUAGGAAGCUGAGCAUUUCCUACUACCAAACACUAGGAAAGUUUGAUUAAUUUUUAGAUGCCUACGCUUCUGAUGGUGAUGUUCUGAGGAGACAUGCUUCAGGCUUUUGAAACAUUUCUCUAGAGAAAUACAUUUUUAAGUUUCUUUUAAAGAAACUUGUUCUUUUAAAAAGACCAUGCAGUAUUUUGUACAGAUUGGCUUUGAGCUAAGAAAUUAAUGUGUGCUUUAAAAUAGAGACAGUGCUGGGCACUGACGCACCGUGAGUCAUGGACAUUGAUGUCAUCACACCUCUUUCUCCACUGCUCUGCAAUGGGCAGCCUGACUCUGCUUCAGAUUGUUAAUGGAUCUGUUUUGUGAUAGCUGGAAGAUCUAAACACAUUGUGAGUUGGAGUGACUCUGGCUUUUGUGUGAUUUGAAGUCUGGGUGCUGUUGGUCUUGUGCUUUGCUCACAGAUACCCACUGGAAUGGCCCAGAGCUGCACACCCAUUCUCUCCCAUGCACUGGAAAACCACCACACUGUAGCCUAUAGUCUGCUUUUAGUUAUACUUUUAGAAAUCUGGGUAAAUUAAACAUUCUACUAAAAAAAAUCCUUCCUUUCUUUAAUUAUGGCAAAUAGUGGUUUUUUUGGGGUAAGAUUCCUCAGCCAAUUGUCUCUCUUAAAGAGUGUCUUGGGGGAGAAUUUGCUCCUUAGAAAGUGGCAUCUUGUAUUCAAGAAAUGCCACUCUCCAUGUUCAUAAGGAUGUAUAUUUAGUCAAUUGUAUCUAAUGUUAGUCAUAAAAGGGCAUCUGCUUUCCUUCUUGUCUCAUCAGUCUUAAACCAUUAACUCAACAUCAGUCUGAGAAUGUGCAGCUGGAGCAGGAUUAUUUUCUCAGAGCCUGCCCUUGCAGUCACUCAAACUCAUAAAAGUUUUGCUAUUGACUUUGAAGGAUGCAGAUGUUUGAAAAACAAGCUUUGUGAAAUGGUGUUUGUGGCAUAAGAGACAGUGGCACUUACUGGUCCUUCCAGUUCUUGCAGAAUUGCACGUUUAUGUAGUUUUUGUUUACAGUCAGUGCAAAAUUUGAAGGCUGAUGGACUGUUUUUAGCAGAAAGUUGGUCAGAAUUUUUAAAGGAAAAUAUUAUAUAUUCACAGGAUUAACUGCAAACCAAAGAAAAUUGGUUUAAGAUCAGUUCAAGCAACACUUUAAUCUUCCAGUCUUGUCCUGACUUUAAUAUGUAGCUUUUGCAAUUUGGAAACAGUAUUAACUAGGAGCUAAACUGCGAUUUAAUUUUUUUUUUUUUAUAGGUGAAAACUUACCCAGGAAGGCUCAGAAUCUAUAGAUACUAUUUAUUCUGGACUAACACCAGAAAGAGUAGGAGUUUCACAUUGGCUUGGUAAUCGAUGCCUAUUUUGUAACUUGUUUUUCUGUGCUUUAGGAAGCAUAUCUUCCCUCACAAAGAACUGAAACAUUUGUAUUUCUCUAAAACUUCUGAGUGUAAUGUAAAAGAAUACACUGAGCUUUGAUUCCUGAAGUUUUGUACAGGUGUUGUCCCACCACAAGCUUACUUGUAAAAUACAAGCCUUUCUAUAUUUAGCAAACUCUCUUCUCAUUCUCUUAAUGUGAAUUGUGACUCUUCACCCAAAGUACUGCAAUGGAUGCUAUAAUCUCUCUUUCCCUGUGUUUCCUUUUGAUCUUAAUAUUGUUCCUGUCUUUUAUGUUUGGUAUGUAUAUAUGUUUUUGUAAUCCUUGUCUUGAAGGAACCCCUUUUGUAUUCCAUUCCCUUGAUAGGUUUACUAUUAAAUGCUGUUGCCAGUGAUGAUGAUAUCAUUUCUGGGAAAAGAAGAGGGAUGGAUGGCCCUUAUUCAUUAAGGAAGAAAUAAAAAGAGGUCAAUAUUGACUCUA